CACGUGAUGCAGCGGCAAACAUGUCUGCUACAGUGAAAAACGCGAGCCAAAAUGGUUUAAUUUGGGAAUAAUAGGAAAAAAAAAAAAAACGCUUGCUUGUUUUUCUAUUCCAGAAGACAAAACCAUAUAUUAUCUUAUAAUUAAUGCGCGACAACUGAAGAGCCAUGACGUCCAUUAUCAAGCUGACCGCCGUGUCAGGGGUUCAGGAGGAGUCUGCCCUCUGUUACCUGCUGCAGGUGGAUGAAUUCCGCUUCCUCUUGGACUGCGGCUGGGAUGAAAACUUCUCCAUGGACAUCAUUGAUGCUAUGAAGAGACAUGUUCAUCAGGUUGAUGCUGUGCUCCUCUCCCAUCCUGACCCCAUACACUUGGGAGCCCUGCCAUACGCUGUGGGCAAACUGGGUCUAAAUUGCACUAUCUAUGCCACAAUUCCUGUCUACAAGAUGGGGCAGAUGUUCAUGUAUGAUCUGUAUCAGUCCCGAAACAACAGUGAGGACUUCACACUGUUCACUCUUGAUGAUGUGGAUGCUGCUUUUGAUAAAAUCCAGCAGCUGAAAUACUCUCAGAUCGUCAAUUUGAAAGGAAAAGGGCAUGGUCUUUCCAUCACUCCUCUUCCAGCCGGUCACAUGAUUGGAGGUACUAUUUGGAAAAUUGUCAAGGAUGGGGAGGAGGAAAUUGUAUACGCUGUGGACUUCAAUCACAAGCGAGAAAUCCACCUCAAUGGCUGCUCAUUGGAGAGCCUCAGCCGUCCGUCCCUGCUUAUUACAGACUCCUUCAAUGCUACAUAUGUACAACCACGUCGCAAGCAAAGAGAUGAGCAACUUCUUACCAAUGUGAUGGAGACCCUGCGUGGUGAUGGUAAUGUCCUUAUUGCCGUGGAUACAGCUGGGCGUGUGCUGGAGCUGGCUCAGCUCCUGGACCAGAUUUGGAGGACAAAAGAUGCUGGGCUGGGUGCUUACCCGCUCGCUCUGCUAAACAAUGUUAGCUACAAUGUAGUGGAGUUCUCCAAGUCCCAGGUGGAGUGGAUGAGUGACAAGCUCAUGAGGUGUUUUGAGGACAAGAGAAACAACCCUUUCCAGUUCCGACAUUUGACCCUGUGCCACAGUCUGGCAGACCUGGCUCGGGUACCCAGCCCUAAGGUUGUGCUCUGUAGCCAGCCAGACCUUGAGUCAGGCUUUUCCCGAGAACUGUUUAUCCAGUGGUGUCAAAAUGCUAAAAAUUCCAUCAUCCUGACCUACCGCACCACACCUGGAACCUUAGCCCGCUACCUUAUCGACAACCCUGGAGAAAAGAUGCUGGAUCUGGAGGUCAAGAAGAGAGUGAAGCUUGAAGGCAAGGAGCUGGAAGAAUACCUUGAAAAGGAGAAAAUUAAGAAAGAAGCUGCUAAAAAACUUGAACAAGCAAAAGAGGUGGAUGUGGACUCCAGCGAUGAGAGUGAUAUGGAUGAUGAUCUAGACACUUCAGUUGCAGUGAAAACCAAACACCAUGACUUGAUGAUGAAGAGCGAGGGCAGCCGUAAGGGCAGUUUCUUUAAACAGGCCAAAAAGUCGUAUCCAAUGUUCCCUACACAUGAGGAACGAAUCAAAUGGGACGAGUAUGGAGAAAUCAUCAGGCUAGAAGAGUUUCUGGUUCCUGAACUGCAAGCCACAGAGGAGGAGAAGAGCAAAUUGGAAUCUGGGUUGACAAAUGGAGAUGAGCCUAUGGACCAGGAUCUGUCUGUUGUCCCUACAAAAUGCAUCUCAAAUAUAGAAACCCUUGAAAUAAGAGCGAGGGUAACAUACAUCGACUAUGAGGGUCGCUCUGACGGUGACUCCAUAAAGAAGAUUAUCAAUCAGAUGAAACCCAGACAGCUGGUGAUUGUUCAUGGGCCACCAGAAGCCAGUCUGGACCUGGCUGAGUCCUGCAAGGCUUUUAGCAAGGACAUCAAAGUCUACACACCUAAACUUCAAGAAACUGUGGAUGCCACAAGUGAAACCCACAUAUACCAGGUGCGAUUAAAAGACUCCCUAGUGAGCUCGCUGCAGUUCUGCAAGGCCAAAGACACGGAGCUCGCGUGGAUCGACGGCGUGCUGGACAUGCGUGUAGUGAAGGUGGAUACUGGCGUGAUGCUGGAGGAGGGUGUGAAAGACGAGGCGGAAGAAAGCGAGCUGGCUAUGGACAUCGCCCCCGAGCUUGGCAUUGACCACAACGCCACAGCAGCGGCAGCACAGCGCGCCAUGAAAACCCUAUUCGGAGAAGACGAGAAGGAGUUUUCUGAAGAGAGUGAUGUCAUUCCCACGCUGGAACCACUGCCACCAAACGAGACUCCAGGGCAUCAGUCGGUGUUCAUCAAUGAGCCUCGUCUGUCUGACUUCAAGCAAGUCUUGCUGAGAGAGGGCAUCCAGGCUGAGUUUGUGGGAGGAGUGCUGGUAUGCAACAACAUGGUGGCCGUCCGCAGAACGGAGGCCGGACGCAUUGGCCUGGAAGGCUGCCUGUGUGACGACUACUAUAAGAUCCGGGAGCUGCUUUAUCAGCAGUACGCUGUUGUAUAGCAGCAGCAGGACACGCUGCAGCAGUACAGAGACGAGCCUUUACAAGGACUUUACUCCGAGAAGAAGCGUGUACCUCUGCCCCAUGAGCAGUUCCGGCUGUUUCACUGCAAACUGUGUUGUAUAUUUUUUCUUUUCCUGUACCUUUUUAUAUUUUCUUUUUCCAGAUAACCUUUUUUUUUUGUUUGUUUUAAUUGGUAGUUUAUCUCCAUAUUGUCAAAGGCAAAUGCUUUCCUGGACUGACCUCUCUGUGUGAGCAAACCACAAGGUUCUUGUAUUUCUACAAGUCCUCCCUCUGUGCAGCCACAUACAGACGAAUGUUUUGGGCCUUCAAAUCUGUCAUUAAAAACAUUUUUUUUGCUUA